UGCAUUACGUAAGGCAGAUGUGUGGUGCAAAAAAGAGGAAACAGAAGUGCCAAUGUAGCGGAAGUGGUACUGCCCUGAACGAUACGCCGAGCGAGACGGAGGACGGAGACUGAAUCGUCCAGAGAGAGAAAAAAAGAAGGAUUAAAAGUCACCGAUAUUUCUAGAAAAUGGAUAAGAGCGACCUGGUACAGAAGGCCAAGCUUGCCGAGCAGGCUGAGCGCUACGAUGACAUGGCCGCAGCCAUGAAGUCGGUGACGGAGCAAGGUGGAGAGCUGUCAAAUGAGGAGCGCAACCUUCUCUCUGUUGCCUACAAGAAUGUGGUAGGGGCACGCCGCUCAUCCUGGCGUGUUAUCUCCAGCAUUGAGCAGAAGACCGAGGGUAACGACAAAAAACAGCAGAUGGCACGCGAAUACCGGGAGAAGAUAGAAUCUGAGCUGCAGGAAAUCUGCCAUGAUGUGCUCGGGCUACUGGACAACUUUCUCAUUGCCAAUGCGACUUCUGCUGAAAGCAAGGUGUUCUAUCUGAAAAUGAAAGGCGACUAUUAUAGAUACCUGUCUGAGGUUGCAUCUGGGGAUACUAAGAAGGAUACAGUGGAGAAUUCCCAGCAGGCGUAUCAGCAAGCUUUCGACAUUAGCAAGGGGGAGAUGCAGCCAACACACCCUAUCAGGCUUGGCCUGGCUCUCAACUUCUCAGUCUUCUAUUAUGAAAUCCUCAACAACCCGGACAAGGCCUGCAGCCUGGCUAAGACGGCAUUCGAUGAAGCCAUCGCCGAACUUGACACUUUGAACGAGGAUUCUUACAAAGACAGCACCCUGAUCAUGCAACUACUAAGGGACAACCUGACUCUGUGGACAUCAGAAAGCCAGGCAGAUGAGGGAGAGACCGGAGACGGGGAAAACUAAUGGAAUUGCACUGUUAAUCCACCUACACUCUUAUCUUAAACACAGACAGCUUAUAUACAUCCCCCUCCACUCCAUCAGCCCCUCCCACUUCUGUAUGACAAGCAGCCUGAAUUGCUCCUGACCAACUAGUUUACCCCUCUCAGUUCACUGUGAGGUGACAGGGUAAUUUUCAGUUGUUAGCAGAUUCAGUCACUUUGUGGAAACAUGUUGUAUUGAUUAGUGAGUCCAUGUUGCUGUUGUUUUUGUUGGCUUUGUGUGUAGGUUUGUAUGUAGUGCGUGAGCAAGUGCGAAUGGUUGUGAAAGAUUGUGCGUAUGGUCUGGGGGGGAGGGGGGUGUUGUGAAUUUUAAUCGUCCUUCCAAAUUCCCUUGUCCCAGCUAGUUUGUUGUGCAUUUUUCAUCCCUCUUUUGUUACUUUUCUUAUUUGUGAUUCCUCAUGAUAUUACUGGUUUUAUUGUAUGGUAAUUAAACUGGCAGUUGAUUUCCACCAAACACUGUGACGGUAGGCGCUCCAUUUACUUCACAACCCCAAAAAAACAGUUCUGUGUUUGAAACUUCCAGACACACAAAUGUUCGAAUAACUGCAAUUCUGCUGUGGGCUCAUACAGAAAGGAGGCAGGCUGUAUUGUGACACUGACAUCUUGGUGUAAUGCUCCUUGAUCAUGUUCACAAAUUCACAGUUUUAAGGGACCCCUUAAAUUGUCAUGUUAAAUUUCUUCAGACAUUUGACAUUCCACAUCAUUAGGCUUUCGGAAAAAGGCAAGUGCGCCUUUUUGUUUUUUGAAGUAUGGAUUGUCAUUGUAGUUUUACUCACUGUGCUGCUUGACCUCAGUACAAUGAAAACUUUAUGUGCGUAAAUGUGGUUUCAUGUAUUUUGCAAGAUUGACUAUCAUCUGUAUGUAAAACCUAAAGUAACCUUUUAUUGAUGUUAAUUGAAAAUGUCUUACCACACUGUAUCAACCCUGCUUGCAAAAUAUUCCUCUUAAAGCGGUUGUUUUAUCCCCCCAAAAAGUUUUCGUGCCUGGCUUUCUCUUGCAGCCUUUUUAUUUUAUUUUUUAUAUAUAUACAUAUAUAUAUGUGUGUGUGUAUAUAUAUAUAUAUAUAUGUAUAUGGGUGGCAGCAUUCGCUUGUUGUUUGAAAUCUCAGAGAACGAGUUAGACCACACAAAAAAACUGCUAAAUGGUUUUUCUUUUAUUUUUAAACCCACAUGCGUCACUCUGCUGUUGAACAUAGCCGGUGAGAAUGAUCGCCUCAAAAUGUCAGGUGUGUUUUGAAGGUGGAGAAACCCAUUUCAUCACUUUGGAAAGAAGCUCAGUGUCACAAUACCAUUUAUCACCACUACAUUCCACAUUAUUGUAGUUGAAGACACCAUUCCACAUUAUAGCUGACGGUCUGUUUACUCUGACAAUGCUCCAAUGAAUUGAAAUAACUUUUCUGUUUGAAAAAAAAAUCAUGUCAGUUUAUUAUUAUGCUUGAUGAAAAUGCAGUUAGUGAAUGUGGAACGAAGCCUGUCUGUAUAUCAGGUAUCUACUUGCUUUGUUUUUACUGACAAGUCUUAUGGCUAAAAAUUUGCUUCUGUAACAGUCUAUUACCCAGUGCACACACGUGGUUGUGAAAAUUUAGAGUAGCUAUAAAAAGCAGUGACGAAGUGGAGAUAAACAAUGGUUGGUGUAAUUCUAGCUUUGUGUUUAUGUAUCUUAAAACCAUUCUAGUUUCACUAUACAUGUAAGAAAUAGGAAAAGUGUCAAAGACCAUUCAGUGAAAUAAAGUUUCGUUUAAGAUAA